AUGUUAAAACACCCCAAUUACGUGUAUGGACCAGAAGACAAAUACGUGCCGGCAAAGUUGAAUGCCGGCGAAUUUCUGUUGCAAAAAAUAUGGCAGUUCAGAGAGACAGUGGCUUUGAUAAAUGGAGUGACGGACGAGAAAAUGACAUACGGGGACAUGGCCCAAGAGGCUAUGAACCUGGCCGUUUCCCUGGUGAGGCUUGGGAUACGCAAGGGCGAUGUAAUAGCAAUUUGCACAGAAAAUCGGCGAGAGUUCUGGAGUACAUUAGUUGGGGUAUCUUGUGCUGGCGCCGUAGUAACGACUGUUAAUAUGAUCUAUACAGAAGAUGAGUUGAAACAUGUAAUGGAUAUAUCAAGACCAAAGUUAGUGUUCUGUUCACCUUUGGCGUACAAAUCGCAGGCGAAGAACUUCAGAGGUCUGUCGUACGUGAAAAAUAUAAUAGUUUACGGCGAGGACAGGCCGCAGAACACCUUGCUAUACAAGCACCUCGCUGUAGCCGGCCCCGGAAAUAUCCAAAAGAUAAUCGAAAACGUAAAAUAUGAACAUUUCGAAGCGGUUGACGUUGAGGGCCAGAAUGAUCUGAUGCUGAUUUUAUAUUCCUCCGGCACUACCGGCCUUCCUAAAGGCGUCAUGAUUACUCACCUAAACUUAGCGUCGGCCUGUGCGUCUAAAUUAGAAACGCCGGCAUUAACCACCCUCUCGAUCACGCCGUGGUACCACACAAUGGGAUUAGCCACCAGCCUCUUGGGAUUUGUAAAGGGAAGGACUAUGGUUUUCCUACCGAAAUUUGAAGUAGACUUGUACCUGAAGACUUUAGAGAAAUAUAAGAUCGGUCAGCUGACAGUAGUGCCGCCUAUAUUGGUGGCAUUGUGCAAGUCACCGUCCAAAUACGAUGUCAGUACUGUGCAACUGAUUUUAUGUGGUGCAGCUCCCUUGUAUAAGGAGACUGUGAAUGAUGUUCGUGAAAGAUUUCCUAACUUAACAGCAGUGCUUCAAGGCUACGGUUUAAGUGAAUCCAGUUUGGCUGUCACUCAAAACAAUAAUCCGGAUAAAGAAGGGAGUGUGGGUCAAGCAAAUUCCAACACCAUCAUAAAGAUCGUAGAUCCAGAAACUAGAAAAAUAUUAGGGCCCAAUAAAGAAGGGGAAAUUUGUAUUAAGGGAGUAAUGGUAAUGAAAGGUUACAUAGGAAAGAAAAGACAAGAUGAUUUUGACGAAGAAGGGUUCUAUAAAACUGGAGACAUUGGAUACUUCGAUGACGAAAAGUAUUUAUACAUCGUUGAUCGACUUAAGGAACUCAUAAAAUAUAAAGCUUACCAGGUAGCCCCAGCAGAAUUGGAGGCAUUGCUUUUGAAACACGGGGCUGUGCGUGACGUUGGAGUUAUUGGAAUACCGCACGCGUCGGCAGGCGAGGUACCCCUCGCGUUUGUAGUAAAGCAACCCAAUUCCGACGUAACGGAGGCUGACUUGAUACAAUACGUAGCAGGAAGGUUAUCGAAUCAUAAACAUCUUCGAGGCGGAGUGCGAUUCGUCGACAUGAUACCAAAGUCGUUAACAGGGAAGAUUUUGAGAAAGGAACUACGACAAAUGGUCAAAUCAAGGAAGAGCAAAUUA